CCGUUAUUACCGAUGCACCGCCGAUGCACAUGUGUAAACAAGGCGCUGGGUCACUUCUAGAUAACUAGUAACGUUAGUAAACGUUAUAGGUGGUUCACGGUAAUCCUUUCUCACAGGAGGUAAAUUAGAAAAAAAUUAUAUAAUUUUGGUCGCAAAUGGCGUCUUCAGCGCUACAAGAUGACAGCGACGAUGGGAUGGACGAGUUCAUGGAUAAAUUCAAGACGGAGAGAUACAAAAACGCUUUUUCGGAAAACAACUGGGAAGAGGAGUUUAAUAAAGUGCCUAUGUUCAUGAAAACAGCCCCUGAAGAGAUCGACCCUCAGAAAUACCCAGAGCUAGCUUGCCUCCAGGCCAUUAUCCACGAUGAAGACCGGACUCCGGAGGAACAAGCAAAAAGCCUGAAAGAUGAAGGGAAUGCCUUUUUCAAAGAGAAGAACUACCAGAAGGCGAUACUCGCAUACACUGCAGGUUUGAAUAAGAAGUGCAGUGAUGAGGACCUCAACGUGGUUCUUCUCACCAACAGAGCCGCAGCGAACUUUCAUCUGGGCAACAUGCGGUCGGCACUAAAUGACGCUGCAGCUGCAAAUAAGAUCAAACCAGAUCAUGCUAAAGCCUUGAUCAGAGGAGCUCAGUGUUGUAUAGAGCUGCAAAACUUUUCAGAGGCCAUUAAAUGGUGUGAUGAGGGUCUGAAGCUCCUCCCUACAGAGAAGAGGCUGCAGGAGCUGAGGGCUGCUGCAGAUAAGCACAAGAGGGCAGCAGAGAGAGAUGCGAGGAAGGCCAAAGCCAAAGAAAAGAAGUUGUAUGGUGAGAAAGAAGCUCUUCUUGCUGCUAUAAAGGAUCGGGGCAUCAAGCUCCUCCACUCUACAAAGCCUUGUAAGCGUGGGUCCAACAGUGAGGAUGAGGAUGAAGAUGAAGGCUGCUCUGCAGGCAUGGCACAGCUGAGCCUGGACGGACUGAGCUCUCAGGAGGUCACAGGGGCUCAGGUCUUUCGGGAUGAGCAGGGCUCCCUGCACUGGCCUGUGCUCUUCCUCUAUCCUGAACAUCAGCAAAGUGAUUUUAUCUCCGCCUUCUGUGAGAGUAACUGUUUUCUAGAUCACCUGGCUGUUAUGUUUGGAGAGGAGCCUCCACCCUGGGACACAGACAGAAAAUACAACCCACAGAAUUUGCAGCUGUACUUUGAGGAUGAAGAGAAGGAGACACUUUACCAAGUAAACCCAGAGAUGUCACUUUUACAAGUGUUGCAGCACAAAAGGUUUUUUGUCAAAGCAGGCACACCCAGCUUCAUCGUGUUGGUCAGUGGCUCUUCGUUCCUGAAACAGUUUUUAACAGGGAAGAAAAUUCAGGGAUUGUAAAAAUGUACAUCUCUGGCUUUUAAUAAACAAAAUUCAGCCUGAAACGUUUGACUUUGACAACAGUCCACUCAGCACAGCAGCAAGAUCUCACCGCUUAGUGUGUAUGAUAAAAUCAGAAAUAUUAUCACUAGUCUGUCUCUUGCGAAACAACCUGUUUAAUGUGUUAGCGCUUAGAUUUAGAAAAGGGAGAUUUCAUCCUUAAGAUUAAAGUAGGAAGCUGCAGGUCAGAAUUUACCUAUCAGACAACUGAACCCAACUUGCAGAAACAGAAAUAAAAAACAGCCUCACAGAGAGAACCCUGAAGAAAGUCAUUGAAGCCUAUUGUGUGGACUUUGACACAGCCGUGAACUCACAUAAAUCAGAAGAUGAUCUGAUCAGAUUUUGAAGUUAUUUGUUGCAAUAGACCCACAUGAGAAGCUUGUCAUUUUCAAACUUCCUUGUUUAUUGCAAACAAAACAAUGACAUAUUUAUUUUCAUAGUGGUAAAAACAUUUUCAGUGAAGAAAACAGACUGAUCCAGUUAGAUUUUCUUAUCACAAUAAAACUGAAAACUUAA